AUGUAUUUCCAGGAGACGCAUGUGGGAGGUAUUUCUGGGAGUCUCUUCAUAUCUAUCAAUCUAUCUAUCGCUCUCAUUCUGGUCACAUCUAUCUAUCUAUCUAUCUAUCUAUCUAUCUAUCUAUCUAUCUAUCUAUCUAUCUAUCUAUCUCAAUUCAUAUCGAUCUAUCUAGCUAGCUAUCUCACCAUCUAUCUAUCUAUCUAUCUAUCUAUCUAUCUAUCUAUCACACUAGCCAUCUAUCUAUCUAUCUAUCUCAUUCUGGUCACAGCCAUCGAUCUAUCUAUCUAUCUAUCUAUCUAUCUAUCUAUCUAUCUAUCUAUCUAUCUCAAUUUGAUCACAUCUAUCUAUCUAUCUCAUUCUGGUCACAGCCAUCUACCUAUCUAUCUAUCUAUCUCAUUCUGGACACAGCCAUCUAUCUAUCCAUCUCAUUCGGAUUACAGUAAUCUAUCUAUCUAUCUAUCUAUCUCAUUCUGGUCACAUCUAUCUAUCUAUCUAUGUAUCUCAUUCUGGUCACAUCUCUCUCUAUCUAUCUCAUUCUGGUCCCAGCCAUCUAUCUAUCUAUCUAUCUAUCUAUCUAUCUAUCUAUCUCAUUCUGGUCGCAGCUAUCUAUCUAUCUAUCUAUUCAGCUGUGUCCAUUAG